GGCCAGAUUUUAUAAAGAUUUAGGCUCAGUGGGCGUUUCAGGUACGAUUAUACUUUAGUCACGUUCAGGCAUGCCUUUAAGGUUGAGUUAGCCUUUAAGCUAUUUGAAACAACAAACAAGUCGAUUGUCAUUUGCUAUACCAAUGAACUAAAUUGUCGCAUUACAAAUGCAUGAACAAACAUGUUCUAUAAUUUUGCUGGGUAUUUAUAUAGUUGAGCUGAUCACAAAAAGUAGUCUACUGCCUUUGUUUAUCUAGAUGUCAUACGAAAAUACGCCGUUUAAUUUUUAUCUAAACGAGUAAUGGAAAAUACAGAACGUACUACACAAACAUCGCUAAAGGUUAAGUCCUCAAAAUGUAAAGAUACGAUUCGAAAAUUGUACGCAGGGUUGGAAAAAAUCGCGCGAGCUGAGGAAUACAAGAUAGAUGACAAAAUGUUGGAGAGUAUUACAAAAGAUUUUAAACGAUUUUUUGAAAUCGGAAACAAAGAAUCGACGCGGACAGUAAAACCAAAAUUUCGACAUUUGUUUGAAAAAGAAAUACUUAAAGGAAUGUUUACUGAUCAGCACAGAGCCAUUUCAUUGUUGGAGAAAAAGGAGGAUAGUCCUAUCAAUGGUGAUACCCUUCUUCUACGAGCAAUGUCAAUAAAUGUGGAAAAAGAAAGCGCACAGGACAAAAUCCUUAACAGUAUAAUAGAAAUACUGGUGACAAAGUGUCCCGAGUUGAUUGUGUUUGCUAAAAACAAUGCAGGCUACGAAGGAAUAACACCCGUGCAUCUCGCUAUCCUUAAAGAGGACAUAGGCAUUUUGUCAAGAAUGGCAAGUACUCUUCAAGAAAUAGACGAACUAAGACUCUCAAAGGAAAAAAUACAGGGCAUUUGCGCUGUAGGACCUGUAUUUCAAGACACGAUCAUGAUGUCUGGAACUCCACUUGGAGUUGCUGCAUUAAAGUUCAAUAAAGAGAUGUUCGCUGUCGUACUUCAACACUUUGCUUCAGGCCUGGAUGUUACAAACGAUAAAGGUGACAACAUUGUUCAUUCACUGAUAAAGUAUGCUUACUUACAGCCAGACAAACUCAAUGAUGUUCUUGAAAUGCUAAGCUUCGUGUUACAUUGUAAAUUCGUCACGACAGAUCCCAUAUUUGAGGAAAAGAAGUGGAAAAUUAGAAAACAGGCACGCAAAUUGCUGAUGAUGACGAACCAGGAAAAAUUAAAUCCCUUGCAACUUGCCGCCAAAAAACAGCAGUUUCGCAUUUUUGAAUUUAUCAUGCAAAGCGAAGUCUAUCACUCAAGAGAAUCUGGCGAUGGUCUUUUUAAUGAGGAAGUUUAUGAUAUCACUGAAAUAGAGACCCUAAACCUAGAAGAAGACGCUGAAGAAAACGAAGAAGAGCAUAUCAAACACGAACAACAUGAAUCCGUUCUUGAGUAUCUUGUCCAUCACCAAACAAAGAACGCUUUCCUGUUUGCAGAUUUCAUGCCUGUGAAAGAAGUGAUUAGGGGAAAAUGGAAGAGUUAUAAAUGGUGGUUCAAUGGCUGGUUUGUCAUCCAUAUAAUUGGUAUGGUCCUUCUUUCCGUCGCUGCUGUGUACAGGUCAAAGCUUACAGGGCCUGUAUCUCGAAAUAACACAGCUGACUUUGCCUAUGUUGUUACUAGAAAUACAUUUGUCACCGGAGUUUCAAUUAUCGGUCUACUUCUAGGAUUAUCGUACCUAGCUAUGGAGAUAUCAAGAAUACUUAUUUCACGUUUUCAAUUCAAGGCAUAUUCAAAUGUUAUGAAACGUGUUUUGCGACAUUUUAGCGCACCAUAUUCAAACUUCAUUUUCAGAAUUUACUUCAUUUUAUUUUCUCUUCUGCUUAUAGUCGAUUGCGUUAUCGCUGCGAUCGAUGCCUCGGGGUCUUUGUCGGGUUAUGAAAAUUACUGCUUGAUCUUUGCUGUAAUUGUUGGUUGGUAUCUUGUGAUGUUCUUUCUGCAGACCUUUAAGGCAUUUAGUAUGUUUACUGUCUUGAUUCAGAAAGCAGUAAUAGAUAUGCUGAAAUUCGCCCUUGUUAUGGCAUUUUUUCUUGUGGCGUUUUCUGUAGCAAUGUAUAUGAUUAUGCAAGGUGCGGAUACUGAAGAUGACGAUUUUCAUGCCUUUAGUACAACAAUGCUAAAAAUGUCGACUAUCAUGCUCGGUAUUGGCGAACUAGGAAUUUUGUUUCAAGCCCGACAUCCGUAUCUAGCUAUUUUUGUUUUUGUUCUGUUUGUGCUGUUGACAACAAUCCUACUCUUGAAUGCACUGAUUGCUAUGAUGUCAAAUUCCUGUACCGAUCUAAUGAAUGAUUGUGGAGGUGUUGUAGCUUCAAAGCUCCAUUGUCGUCUGCAGAAGCUGUCCGUUAUUCUUUUUCUCGAAGGGUUUUUUCCACGAUGUAUCUGUAAGGAAGUUGGUGUCAAGAAGAGAAAAUAUAGAUACGACAAUAAUGAAUGGGUUCGUAAUAAGCAGAGAAGAAUAUGGGCCAGGAGCUCAGUUCAUGACCAUGGAGGUACAGAAACCGAAAAAUCGCCCGAUCCGUUAAAUCUUACUUACCAGUCACAGGGUAUUGUGUCUUCAAUAAUGCAGCAGUUGAAUCCAGAAAUCAAAGAAAAAAUGAAACAAGGUACCAGAAUUUAUCCCGCAACUUCAAGCACAACAAUACUUGAGCCAUCGCUUAAGCGGUCACUGAGUAAUACAAGAAAAACCGAUAUAACAAAAAUCAGUGACAGAACGUGUGACGUGUGUCAACAAAGUGGCGUGCAACUCGAGGAAACAGAGGCAGUAGCAGAGGAAUUUGAUGAAAAGGAAUCGUAUUGAUGUUUAAAUUAAUGGCCACUCUGUUCACCAGACAGAACAUCUGCGACUUCUUCUACUUCUAAGGUGCUUUCUCACUGGUAACACAAGAGCGUCGUCAAAACAGCGGCCCGAUAUCACUAAGCAAGGUUAUCGUAGAUGUAGAGCCUUUCCUUGCACGUUUCAUACAAAAUGUUCGUCGAAAUUUCAAUAAAAAAAAUAAGGAGAACGGAUAUAUAUAUUUAAAAUUACAAUAGCAUGUUCAUUGUUUAAGAAGGACAAAAAACGUUGUUUACCACGUGUGUAAUGAAUUACCAUAGAGUUUGUUACAUAACUGCGAAAUAAUCAGACAUUGUGUAUAUGUUUAAAAGGAUAAGAAACAAUUUUACCUUUUUAUAUUCACAUUUUCACAGCUUGUUUAAGGUCUGUAUGUCUGCAAGUCUUUUAUGUACAACACUGUUUAGCUGAUUUUAAUAUGCUAACUUGUGUAGUUUGUAAUUGUACUGUGUUGAUUUGUUUUAAAACAAUAAGGCGUGUUAGAUUUAAUUAGAUUUCAUUAAAUUAAUUUGAAUAGAACGUUGAUAUUUUUGCAAGUAAUGAUUUCGAUAAUCCUAGUUUGUUUGAGUUUUUGUAAUAGUUAUGGGUACUUGAUUAAUGAUGCAAUUGUGUAUUGUUAUGAUAAAAUGAUCUUUUUUCAAGCUUCACUAUAAGUCAGUCUGUAUACUACAAUGUAAUUCAAUACAUCAGAUUAAACUUCGUUUAGAGACCGCCAGUACAUAAGAAAAUCGUCUUUAUAUAUUUGGUUUAAACAUAUUUUAUUCCCAAAAAUAUACAAAAUUAUAUUGAAAUACAAACAUUACAUGUACAGUAGAUGAAAAGGAUUAGAACGAAAGACAAGUCUUAUAGAGUUCUGCUCCUUAUAUAUUUAGAUACUAAUCAUUAGAUUUUCUUAUUUAUCUGCAAUCUCAUUUCUUUCACUGAGGAGCCUCGAAACAAAACAAUGUCAAAUCAAAUUGGUUUUUAAAAGUUUGCAAUCAGUAUAAAUAAAAAUCAGAAAAAUGCAACUUAGCUGACGAUUCGGCAAUCAAUUUUACGAUUUUUUUCUGUAUUUAAUGAUAUUCGUAUAUGUUUUCCCGCCUGUGUUGUUUUGACUUGCAUUCCUUUUUGCUCUGCUUUGUCUGUGGAUGUGCUCGCGUGUAUGCAUACAUACAUAGAUACAUAUUUACUUACAUACGUAUAGGGGGACUGUGUUUUGGUCUUGUGCGCGUUUAUAGUUUACGGUCUAGGGAGGGAGACUGCGUUUAGGAGCGUAGCUUUUCUUUUGAAUAUUCAUCGUUGCUUUUACCACUCAAAAUCCAACCCAUUUCUUUACCCCCUACCCGUUUUUGUAUCGUGUGUAUAAUUUAAAUGUACUUGAUGUUUUAUAUUUUUCCACUACAGGUUCUAUUUGUUGCGGGCCAAGUUCUGAUACAUGGCUCCGACCGUGUUAACUGUGCUCUGUGCUUCAAAUUAGAUAUAAAAUAUCCUUGCUUUUCAUUGUUAUCAAUAAUAUAAUAUUCAAUGUUUAUCGCCAGGUAUAAAUGCAAUGCAACGAUUUGAUUUAUAGUGACAAAUCAACCACUAAACGAUUUGCCUUGAUCAUAAUUGAUAUGUUUCGUGUUCGUUGGGUUUAACGUCACAUUGGCACAGUUAUAAGUCAUAUGGUGAUUUUACAGCUUGUUCUGGUGGAGGAAGACCCAGGUGCCACUCCGGGUAUUACAUCAUCACGGGUGAGCACUUUGGUAGAACCAUCAACCUUUCGUACGCCAGCUGGGUGGCUUCCUCACAUGAAAUUCUCUUUACCCUGAGCGAGGCUCUGUUAGGGGAAAGGGAUUCGAAGUCAGCGACCUCAACCACUCGGCCAAGAAAGCCCUGAUCACAACGAAAAAUAACUGUUUUGUUUUAAAAUUUGCAAAGCUUGCUAAAUCAUUCAAGGACACCACCAAGGCGGUUAAACGUGAUAUUCAGUUAUCACACUGAUAAAGAUUGUAGUCUAAUUGAUAAUUCACAAGUCUUAAUAUUAUUAUGAAGAAACGUACAAAAUCUGGAUUUUUUUCAUGGAAAUGUAAAACGGAAUGCAGAUUUAAAUUGUUUUUAAAAUUAACAUAUAAUUCACACUGUCUUAAGUAUUAUAAAGACGGUAACCCGUUGUCACAAACAUUUUCAGAAAAAAAGAGAAAAGAAUGUAGAAUUAUGCUUCUUUCUGAUUAUCAAUAGAAGACAUAUAUUUCAAAGAGGAUGAUGUCACAUAAUCUGCAAUUUUCUGAAUCUGCCAGAGUUUUUCAUUGAACCGAGUUGAAAAAUUCCUCCAUUGUUUGAAAUGCAUUUAGUAGUAAAAUGGCUUAUUUCCUUUAUUGUAGGAAGGCACGGUCAUAGAAAAUAGAUAAAUUAUUUUGUCAGCUUCCAUGCAAUGAAUUAAAAUGUUUUAUACGGUUUAAAAAAAAUGUGUACUUGUACGUAUUGAUUCUUUUAAAUCUGUUUCACAAAUAAAGACUUUGUCUUCUGUACUGGUUUCAAUUGUGUGUGUGUGUGCGUUUGCGUGUGUAUGCGUGUGCACGUGUGUGUGUGUUUAUAUAUCCGUUUUCGAAAACCCGGACGUAUUAUGUGAUGAUGCAUGCCUUUCUCCAUCUGAAUUGAUGCAUAAUGCAUAAAUGAAAAAACAUUCAAGGUGUUGACUUAAAUCUUGGCAUAUAUAGUGAGUGAUAAGACAAUAUACAGAGUGUGAUAAUCCACAUUCAUUUACUUAUCGAAUUUUAUUUAGGAAUGUUUAUAGUUAUCCGUCAUUUUAUCAUUAAAAUGACAAUAUUUCAAUUUAAAAUCUGGUAAGGUUAAAACAUCAAUAGUUUAAAAAUACAGAUUAAAUAAGUUUACAUGUAAUGCAGACAAAAAUGUUAUUCAAACGAGUUUAUGUAAACAACAGUACAGUCAAAACAUGCAAUAAAGGCAAAGGUUGACGAAAUCUACUCUCUUCUAUGCAUACAUAGUUGCGUUACAUGGGGGUAAUUACAACAAACUUGUUGGAUCAUGCGUAAUACAAGUGAGAAACAGUGCAACGGAAUGAAGUCAUUAUAUUGUUUGAUAGAAAAAUUGCCUAAAUUUCUAAAUCGAAUAACUUUUGUUCUCGCAAUAUAUGAACAUACUUUAAUGUAGAUUACGUGUUUGAACAAGAAAACUUUACAACUGUAAGAAACAUGUUACUCAUACUCUUGUCUAUUUCAGUCUCAAUCUCGAUAAUUUUACUCUAAAGAUAAGGCCAAUGCUUUAUACCUUUUAAUGAGAAAAUAAUAAUACAGAUAGUUUACAAUUUAAUAAGUGUUUAACGGCUCAAAAUGCCUUUGUUUAAAAUGUGAUUGCCACAUUCUCUGUUAUGAACAUGAAAUAUGUAAGUUUCUUGCUAAAUCCUCUUUACGAUAAUUGCAUUCUCUAUUUUUAGUCAAAGGUAUGAAUAUUGAUGAAUAAAGUAGAAAGACUUA